AUGUCCCAGUCUCUCAGAGCGUCUCGCUCUCUCCUCGCCCGCGUCUCUCGGCAACAGGUUUCUUCGGCUUCUCGCCGCACUUUCCUGACCUCCGCUGUUCGUCAGGCCGACCCCGUUCAGGACCUCUACCUCCGUGAACUCCGUGCUUUCAAGCCCACUCCCGUCAAGCCCGGUGAUGCCGAAGCUCACGUCCAGAAGUUCAGCGUUCCCGCUGCCCCCAAGUCCCCCGAGGAGGCCAACCUCGCCAAUGAAUUGAAGUCCUACGAGACCCAGGAGGUUGAAGUUGAGGGCCAGGCCGCCGCUGGUGAGGCUGCUCCCGCUGAGGAGAGCUGGUUCGAGGAGGAUGAGGAGGAGGCUCCCGCUGCCCACUAG